AUGGGAGACAUUAUGUAUGAACAAGUAGAUUGGAGGAUUGAAGGAUUGGGAUUUAGAGACCUUGAGGCUUUUAAUAAAGCUCUCCUUGCAAAACAAAGUUGGAGAUUAUUUUUUAAUUGUAAUUCCUUGGCAGCGAGAAUUUUCAAGGCCCGAUAUUUCCCGCAUUGUAAUUUUCUAGAAGCUAGAUUGAGGUAUCGACCCUCACUUAUUUGGAGUUCGUUGAUAUGGGGGAAGGAUUUGUUAAAGGUGGGUUUGCGGUUGAGAGUUGAAAUUGGUGAAGAUAUACAUGUUUAUCAGGAUUGGUGGGUGCCUUUACCAAUGAAUUUCAAGAUUAUCUUAGCGCCACAAUUUGAUGCUUCUAUGAAAGAAGUGAAAGCUAUCCUCCAAAUCCCAUUGGCUUCAAUUCAUAGAGAGGAUAAAUUAAUUUGGCACUAUGAUCGAAGCGGCAAAUACUCAGUCAGAAGUGAUUAUAUGGUUGCAUGCAUGAAGAAGCAGAGGGAAAAUGGCAUGGAACGGCCUCGACACAAGAUGAUGGAGUUUUACUCUGUAAAUCUUGCCCUUAUACGCUCCCAUAGUAGGCAAGGGCCCAAUCAGAGUUCUGUUAAUUGGCAUGCCCCAUUGGAUGGUCAGUACAAAAUUAAUGUUAACGGGGCAGCCAAACUUGAUGGGUUAGUGCAGGGAGUUGGAGCAGUGAUUUGCAAUGGAAAUAGGGAGUUUAUGGCUGCUUGUUCUCGACAAAUGGUGGGACAUUUUAGUGCACAAGCUAUGGCACUAAUUCGUGCAAAGAAAGGUCUUCAGUUCGCAUAUGAUCUUGGCUUUCAUGACAUUGUGCUAGAAAUGGAUGCGCAGGGGGCGGUAGAUAGAAUCAAUUCUAAUGAAGAGUGUUUUGAAGUUGAAAGGAAUCUAGUGGAAGAUAUCAAGGAGAUGCAGGGGUGGUUUAGAUCUUUCUCGUGUAACUAG